AGCCAGAGCAGAGACAGAAGAUUGAACAUGCUGAACAUGAAGACUCCUGGUGCUGUGCUGCUGUUGCUGUGGUCUGGUCUGGUUGUGGUUGCAGCAGAGAGUGGAGACCUCCAGGAUGAAGCUACAGGUGCAGACCCUGCCUACCCCCAACAGAACUCCCUGUCUGAGGUGCAUGCUGGUCUGAGAGAGAUGGCAGCUCUGAUGGAGGAGCAGAGAGAGGAGUUCAGACUUGCUAAAGCACAAAUAGAGAAACUGAAGAAAGCAAAUGCAGCGUGUCCCCCUAGGGUGGUCUUCUCCACCUCCUUCGCAGUGGUAGACGACAAACACAUCGGACCCUUCGACACAGACACCCCCCUUGUCUUCGACUUCAUAUUCAUCAACAUCGGCAACGCCUACAACUCUAAGACAGGCGUCUUCACGGCUCCCGUGAAAGGAGUGUACCAGUUUAGCUACCACAUCUUUGCCGGAGGCGAUAACGGAGCUGGAGCCAAACUCCACAAAAACGGCCAGCACGUGGUGUCCGCCUACCACCACAAAGCCCCCCACGACAUCAACACCUCCCAAGGGGUGUCCCUGCUGCUGAAGGUGGGCGAUAAAGUGGCCUUGAUUCUGGAGAAAGGGUGGUGGGUAGCUGCUUACACUGCUCACCCCACCACAUUCAGCGGGAAUCUCCUCUUCCCCAAGUGAUGGAGAAGUGACACACACGCACACACACACAUACAGACACUCACACAGCCACACCUACACACAUACGCUCACACACACAGACAGUCAUAUACACACACACAUACUCACUCACACAUUCCUACAGCAUGCACUUGCUCACUCACAUGAACACACAAACACAGCUGUGAUGAUUUUACUGCAUGUUCAGAUGGUUUUACUAUGUGGUGUUUCACAGUGCACUGUGUAUGAAAAUAAAUGAUCAUUUGGAUCAAUAUGUA